GCGACCGCUUUCCCCCAUUAAAUAUAGGCUUUAAUUUCUCUAUGAAAACACGAACUGUACUCUGCUGACGGGACAGACACCGAGGUGGGACCGGGAUGCUUCUGACUUCACAGCUGUCCUGGAGGAGACAUUACACAUCAGAAUGAUACGAAACAAACACAUGUCAUGAUAUCUAACUGUACGUGCAGCUCCAGGGUAUUGUUAGCCAGCAAAUUAACUGUAAACAAGACGCUUUGAAGGAAAAACAGAAUCCACAACUAACGUGCAAACGUGAGCACCAUUUCCGGGCUCGUUACGUCGGCUAUAGUGGAGCGGGACGUCGGUGUGAGGGGAGCGGGUAGCGGAGCGGUGUCGGUUAACAUACCCGGGCUGGUGGACGAUAGCAUGGCUGCGGGAAAGGGAGCUGGGAAGCCCGCCUCCAUGUGGGACAAUAUGCGGAUGCGGUUCAUCGUUUGCUUCCUCGGAGUCUUCGUGUGUUACUUUUACUACGGAAUAUUACAGGAGACUAUCACUCGAGGUGAUUAUGGUCAGGGAGACCAAAAGGAGAAGUUUGUAUUCGCCCGGACAUUGGUCCUCAUCCAGUGCAUUGUCAGUGCUCUGUUUGCUAAGAUCUUGAUCCAGUUUUUUGAGGGCUCCAAGCCGGAUCACACCAAGAGCUGGCUCUAUGGGCUGUGUUCCCUCUCUUAUCUUGGAGCCAUGGUGUCCAGUAACUCUGCCCUUCAGUACGUCAACUACCCCACACAGGUGUUGGGGAAAUCCUGCAAGCCCAUACCAGUGAUGAUCCUCGGUGUGACGAUACUGAGGAAGAAGUACCCGCUGGCUAAGUAUCUGUGUGUGCUGCUGAUUGUGAGCGGUGUGGCCUUGUUCCUCUACAAACCCAAUAAGAGCUCGGCUGUUGCAGAUGACCACGUGUUUGGGUUUGGAGAGAUUCUGUUGCUGGUCUCGCUGACUUUGGACGGUUUGACUGGUGUGGCGCAGGAUCACAUGAGGGCUCGCUUUCAGACGAGUGCCAACUACAUGAUGCUGAACAUCAACAUGUGGUCCACUCUGGUGCUGGGUAUAGCGGUGUUGUGGACCGGGGAGGUCUGGGACUUUCUGAGUUUUACUGAACGCCACCCGAGCAUCAUCUACAAUAUAGUUCUGUUUGGACUGACCAGCGCUUUAGGCCAGACCUUCAUCUUCAUGACGGUGGUGUACUUCGGGCCUCUGACCUGCUCCAUCGUCACCACCACCAGGAAGUUCUUCACAAUCCUCGGCUCCGUUCUUCUGUUUGGCAACGUGAUGACCGGGAUGCAGUGGUUUGGCACCAUCCUGGUGUUCCUCGGUCUCGGAUUUGAUGCUAAAUUUGGCAAAGUCCCCAAGAAGACGACACACUAAAACAUCUGGAACAUCUGGAGCCAGGAGAGAAAGACAGAAAGAUUGCAAAUGGAAACACUUUAUAGCCAGUAUCUUAUUUUCAUAAGACGUCCUGUACAGGCAUACUGUAUGUGCCUAUGAUAUGUUUAACUUAACUGUAUUUAAAAGAGCGCCAAGCUUCUGUUGUGUACUGAGACACGUUUUACUUUUGGAUUAAGUCCUGAAUGAACUGUGACCAGCCAUUAACUUGUUCUUCUUCUUUUGUAACCACAAGAUACCACACACUUGUGGAGGACUUUGAAAUGGCUGAAAGAGACGUGUGGAAAAUACUGUAUUUAGACAAAUCUUUAUGUUUCUGAAACCAGCUAUCCUCGCUUGGGUGGAUAUUGAAACCAAACAAAGGCCAACUCGUGAACUUGCCACCACCACUUGGUUUACAAAUUGUUGCUUGAUUAUGUAAAACAGUUAAUUUCAGCCCAGUAUCAUGUCAUUUAUAAAAUAUAAACGGUUGUAUGUAGCCUGUUGUUUUAUGUCCAACCUUACAAUUGAAUUGUUUUUGAUUUUAUUUUCUACAAGUUGAAAAUAACUUGCCAUAAAAGGGAAAUUGUGAUAUUU